CUGGGAUUUCCGACUUCGAUGCGACCGGCAGCUGCUGCCCUUGGCCAGCGACUCCCGCCCCGCCGAGCCUGACCUCUUCCUCCUCCCUCCAAGCCAUCCGGGAAGGAGCGCUUCCCCGCAUCCCUCCCCUCGACGAGCCUCCCGCAAGGCAGGGAGGGAGCCGAGGGAGAGCCGCCAUGAGCGAGGCGAGCCCACGGCGCGAGCCCGCGGUGGGCAGCUCGUCGUCGCUGACGUCAUCGCCUGCGUCCAACGGCGCCAGCAGGCGGACGCCCGUCAUCCGCCUGCACGGGGCGCCCACGCUCUCACCGCGACCAGCGCCCAAGAAAGGUGGACGUCGUGCGUCUGAGUUCUGCUUCCGCGAACCCCCCGAAUACGUGCACCUGGCUCCCCCGCGGUCCACGGUGUCCACUCCCCCGCCGGGCCGCAAGCGGUCCGCGUCGCUGCCGCACGUGCGCAGCCCGUCGCCCGUGCCGCCGCCCCUGGCGAGAGCCGCGCGGGCGCACCAUGCGGCACAGCAGCAGCAGCAGCAAACCAGGCAGCAAGCCAGGCAGCAGCCCGGCGGAGACGAGGAAGACGACGAGGACGAAGAGGAGCGCCGCCUCGACGACGACGAGCAGGAGGAAGAGGACGACGACGAGGCCGCCGCGGACGGUCGGGACACGCCCCCGCCGCCAAUGGCCGUCUGCCCCGAGGAAGAAACCGGUGCCGAGACACGCCAGCAGCACCGGAGCCGGCUGCUGGGAGCGGCCACGGCAGACAGGAGGAAAUCGACGCCCUGCCAGCCGAAAUUCAUACAGUGCCGAAGAGGGCGGCCGUCUUUGGACCUCACCGCCGCACAGGCAUCCGGCCACAUCACGCUAGGUAGCCACUUGGAAUCCGAGAUCGCGCGUCGCCGCCACUCGGUGGCCGCAACCGCGGCGGGCGCGGACAAGCCAGCGGCGACCUCGUCCGAUCGGGGCCUCACGCAGCGCACGCAGGCAGCGACCAAGAAUCGCGUGGCCGCCGCCGGCGCGGACGCCCUGGCCGACGAAGCGGCGCGGGCCUCCUGGCUCCGCGAGGCCGACUCCAGCGACGACGAUGACGACGACGACUUCGACCUGGGCCCGCGCACGGUGACGCCCAACUCGUCGCCCGUCAUGCCGGCCGCCUCCUCGCUGGCCGGGGCCCGGAGGCCCGUCUCCUAAGCAGGCGGCGACGUAGAUCUAACCCGGUGUUGUGGCCGUACACGGCCGUCGUCUAUAGGCUGGCUCACCACGCUGGAGCCCCAUUCUCAACUUCGAGUAACAGCGCCCAACACUUGGAGCGGCGCUAGCGUGUCCGCGCACACUAGACCUCUCCAACUGUUCGCUCCUUUUUUUUUUUUUUCUUCUGUUUCUUCUUUUUAUUUUUUCUCAGAGCCCAAAUCAGAGGGUGAGUUCGUGCGCGCUGCGACUCGGUGUUCCUGUUGAACCUUUGAUUAGAUUUAUUUGCAAGGCCGGAAGAUUCACAGCCUAGUUGUCGCUUGGGAAAGGCGCAACAGCUGUAUGUCAUUGCAACUUUUAUUUAACACUUGUGACAGGAAACGAGAAAGUGUUUGUUGUCCUGCUUGCUCGUGAAUCAGAGUCAAAUUGUUCUAAGAACUCUCGCACUCGGAGGCCCGAACUAAAACCUUCCAUCUCCUCUGAGACGGAUGGGUUGGGACCAGUUGCCAUCCAGCGCAUAUAUAGUGCAUGAGUACAAUUGCGGUGCCAGCGGCCGUAAUCAGGGCUUUUGGUAAACCAGCGGCGCUGCGACUCCGGUACUGUAUUUGUUGCCGCUUAAAACAGAUCGUGGUCGUCAUUUUUGCUCGAGCAGUAUCUCCAAGGUGGAUGUCACAAGGAUUGUUGGGUAGACGUUGUGAUAGAACGGCGCCGGUAUCUUUGAAAUAGCCGUAAAACAUCGUGUUCACGAACACCACGAGGCCCAGCAAGUGCGCUAAAUGGCCAAAAGCAUGUCGGCUAAGAAGUUUUUGUGGUACCUAGCGUGCACAGGUGACAACCCUAAUCACUCGCUGUUCGCCUACAGCGACGUCAUCAAGCAACCUGCGAAGAGAGGAGCAACGUGCACCACAACGCGACAGGAACAAUAAGACUGUGGUUUCCAUGGAACCGGCAUGAUUGGGAAGGAUAAAAGCGGAACGGUGAGCCGCUCCGAGCUGAGCUUUGCACAUGACCGCGGGAUAAGGCUAUAGCAGCGAAGGUAUCAGGUCACCAUUAACUCUGCUCACAUUUAGCGUUUUGAAAUAUUUCUUCAGCGAGGAAGUUUCCAGAGCGGUAUACUGUGUUGUUCUUAAAAUCAUUCGUUGUUUCCCCGAAAAGCAUUUCAGCAUCCCUUUUAAGGACUCAGAGAUUGUUUACGCGUCUAUGAGGCUUCCUGCGUGAUGAAACUGUUUCGUGUCCGAGCGCUCUCAAUGUUGGACCCGUUAUUAUAAAAUCUGCUCCACUUUCUCGGUAAGUAAACGAGUAGCAUUUCAUGUUACGCCUAUGUGCUUACAUUCACGAGCUAUUUUCGGCGUAAGGAGGCGAAGGGUGGUAGAACGAACGAAUAGCAGAAUAAAUAGGAUGUCAUGUCAAGUACACAGUGAUGCUCACAGCGGUAACUGCACAUAGCUAAGCGUGCCGUCAUUGGAACUACAUGAUGUUGGUACCGGUGACAUAUAUUCGGCACUGCGAAGAGCUACAUCAGUGAUAAUUACAGGGUCGCUUUCUCGCUUCUACUGCCGGCCAUCCGAAGCGGUCGUCAGCGGAAGCAGAGAAGCUUAGGAACACCGAUGACGCCAAACUGAAUAAGAAUAAGAAUUUUAAGAAGACGAGAGAGUGAGACACCAGUUUUGUAGUCAACGACCGUUGGACGCAGUUUUGGAAUCAGCUGUUUCUCUUCUUGUUACAUGGUAGCUGCUUGCACCAUAAACAUCGUAGAGUGGCCGUUAAGGUAGACGUUGAUGUUCCAUAUCCCGCCACACCUUUUGUUUUCGUUACAAUAUCAUGAAUGUGCAGGUAACCCUUACCCACGCCUAUGUGGCGCUGAAAGCGUUGCCACUCCCAUAUGAUUCUCGCAGCGCAUCUGGUAAACUAUGGCCAUUCUUUCAUGCCUACGUCAUGUAUGGAGCGAGUCCGUGUGUUCUCGAUGGCCUCAUCACUUCCAGAGCGUACAGGCAACGUACCCAGCAUAAAUGCAUGUCUUUUUUUUUUCUUUUUUUCCGUAUCACUGUUCUCGCCGAAAGCGCAGCUUGAGAAACUGCAAUGGAUGUUACGCCGUCGCCUAUCCUCGUUAUCGGUGCAAUCCAGUAUUACAUGCCUACCUGCUUACGAGUGCGGUCAUAAGAGACGUAGUAUAAGUGACUGAUUGACAAGGGCGUUGUUCUCGCCUCCUGUGGGCAGUUGUACGUAUACUUGUAUAGUGUUAUAAACCUUGUCGCAUUGUUGUUCUGCACUCCUUCUCGGGCACAGUAUGAUGUUGUGUGAUCCCGUUGUGAUAUCGCAGUAGUAACCGCAUUGCUGUCGUGAAAUUAUAUAGUUGUAAGUCGUAUGUUAUGUCGCGAAUCAAGCUACGUUUCUCUUUGUACAGUACGUGGGAGUUACUUAAGAAAGAAAAAAAAACAUCCGCAGAAGUUCACCCGCGCAAGCUGCACAUUGUCUGGAGCUCUUCCACGGUCGGGAAGCCUGUAUUGUGACCUGGGAAGAAGCGACGUCGUGGGCAGUUCGCAGGUUCGUCUGAAUAUUCCGCAGUUUGUGUGACAAUGAGCCACGCAUUACGUAUUAUUUCGCAUUACCUUACAUUUCGUGUAACGCAAUUAAAACAACAAAUCUGUUAAAGAUCUACUGUACAAACCAAAUCCUCAAAACCUCCAGACCGACAUGUCGUAAAGAAAAAAAAGAAAGAAAAUUUGGAUGACCCCUAGACCAACAUAUCAUUUUAUCAGUACUCAGAUAUGAAACUUUUAUUAUUGUGUUGUGUUUACAAUGAGUAUAACAAAAACAUGCAGCGGUGGACGAUCACGAAAAUGUAGGCACAAAAAGAUUGCUGUACAACUGAUUAAUUUAUGAUUAUUGUUUUUCGAACAAACAUAUAGGGUUCUGUAAGCACGAUGAAGAAGACGAUGUCACGCUAAGCCUGCAUAUUCUUCAACUUGACUUCAGUGGUGUAAUGUGGUGUAAGUCGAUAUUGCGCACUUUAUUCAGGGCUUUCUGCUAAACGAAAGUACAAGUAUUUAGCUAUAGGUAUACACAUGAAGUCGAGGACGGCAGCAAACAAGGUGCGGGGAUGAAGUUAGGAACUUUGCAGGUGCAAGUUGGAAUCAGCUAGCACAAGACAGGGGUAAUUGGAGAUCGCAGGGAGAGGCCGUCGUCCUGCAGUGGACAUAAAUACAGUCUGAUGAUGAUGAUGAUGAUGAUGAUGAUGAUGAUGAUGAUGAUGAUGAUGAUGAUGAUGAUGAUGAUGAUGAUGAUGAUGAUGAUGAUGAUGAUACACACACGGACUAAUUACGAGCAACACGCGGUCUAACUUUAGAGGAGCUUUACUUAGUUUUAUUUUAUUGCCUUUGCCGUCUAGGAAUUCUUGUAUUCAAUCCUCUGAAAACGCUGCAAUGCAUGCGGCACUAUAAAUUUUUCAUUUUUUUUAAUUAGGCCGUCGCGUGACGUAAAAUGUAUAAACGCACCCAUGCCGGGUGACGCCACAGAUACGUGGUAAAUAUGUCACGUGUGCUUGCCGCUUCACCGGACCAGCAGGGGAUUAAUAGGCAGGCUAGGUGGGCAGAACAUCCAUGGCCUGUAGCCCCGAUGCAAAAGUGCAAAAGUUGUUUUGCAAAAAAUGAGCAUAGAAGCAGAAAAAAAUUAAUACAGCCAUCGUUUACAGCACAACAAUGUUCAUGUGGUUUUCUCAUAUCCCUUAACGAUGUCUGAAUACGCCAGCAAUGUGUUUUGGGUAGAAAGGGAAGCAGUGAGAUGAGGACCGAGAUGUUUAUUAGCCCGCGGUCCUCCCAGUUUUUAAUCCGGCCCUGUGUGGGCAAUCGUCACAGUUCACAACACUGCCUAUUAAGAGUUCACCUGCACGCGUAAAAUAUUUGACAAAGAAUAGUUUGGAGGAUCUGAAUCAAAUUUUAGUUUAAACAAAUUUCGCCUUCAAUUGAUCAAAAUACGUACUACUUCGAUUCGAAUGUGCCCCGUCCUGCGGGCUAUUGUACUCGAAGCGUUCACGGGGACACUAGUACUGAACUAUCGAUAUCCUCCAAUUUACAUACGACGGCUCACAUACGAGUCGAGCUUCUGAUCCUUGUACAUAUUUCUUGUGUACCUAGAAAGUAAACGUGUGCUUGUAAGUGCUCCUGAAGGUAUUCGUAAACGCGUGUUGAAAAAUACGAGCUCACACGCUGUCUCCGUGGAUGUCACCCACUCUCGCGAUCCUUGACAGGAUCUCUUGUCGGUAAACAAGGUUCUUCUCGCAAGCUCCGUAGAUGUUGCCACUAGGACAAUGCCCACCCACAGCGUCGUUCUUUAUCCCCUCCCUCACAUGGUGCCAUCCCGCUAAAGGCAUUCAUGCACGAACGAUAAUACCCACGUGUCGUAUGUUUGUUUGAUCCACUAAGCCAAGUGUUUAAUUCCUUCAUCUUAUAAACUGUUUGCGCAAUACAAUAUUUCUGUGAGCGUACGUCUUUGAAGAAAGAAGAAAACCUGUGCGUGCGAGGCAGAAACGGAAAAGCGAAUGUAACACAAGAAAGAGAAUACAGGAGGAAAGAAAGAAGAAAAAAAAAGCGCUCUCACGUGUCCCACACGUCCGUUUAUAAGCACUGCGUAUAUUCUGUCCUUACGACCACUGUCGCGUUUGAGUUGCAUAGCACGCACACAACGUUACGGCCUUCAAAUUAGGUUAGGUCACUUCAGAGCUCGCAUGAAUAACGUAUUCAUUGUAAGGCUCAGUGUCCCUAAAGAGGCUGAAACAUAUAGUGGCUCUCGCAUACACAAAACCGUGCCUGGACGGGAUGCUAUUAUAUAGACACUCAAAUUCCGCCAUGUUGACGUUUUAAGCCUAUCACAGAGGCCGUGGCAGACCUGUGAGCCAAUCGAAGCUGGCAAGAUGGCGAAUUCGACAAUGUGGCGGAAUUGAGCAGCAGCCUGAGUAGAAUCUAUGUGGCAUUUAUCUUUAAGACACGAUCCGUUGAUGAAACUGUGACCACUAUGGUUUAAGCUUUAUCGCGACGCCAGGACGCGGUGAUAGAAACAGUCCGUGACAGCGCCGCGCUCUCUUGUGUGGGCGGCGGCGGUGGUUUCGAAAUCGGUGUCGAAACGCAGCCCGCCGAGACCUUGCGUGUGUUAUUUGCCGCGUUGCCUUGCCCACGGAGCCGCGUAAACCUACAGUGUUGCAAGUGCAAAUACUCGUGCGCCUACAUCUGCGCUGACAAACUUAACUUGCAGCCAAUUGGUUCACAUUAUUUAGGCGUAUACUGUCGUCUCAGAGAAGUAUUACAUUCGAUUCGUCCACUGCUUCGAAAUAGUGAAAGCGGAAUCGUUCGUACUGCGAAGCAUGCUGCGGAAACGUGGAAUCCUCAAUGAAUGUAGAGUAUAUAAUAUCGCUUUCAGUGACUUCAAAAGACGCAUUUUAUUGUCUGUCGUGUCGAUAUCAGAGCGUCUGCGUGGAAGCCACACACGGUAGUUGAAUGCAUGCCGCCUGCUGAGCGAGCACCCGCAAGCUUGUGCAGCAAGCUGUGAAAUGCGCGUCCCGCCGGGGCUGUAAACACUGCCGGGCGUUCUACGCACCUGCAUGAACGCCGUUGCUUGAUGUAAUGUCUUUACGCUACACCGGGAACGGCAUAACGAGAAGCGCGCAUUCCUUACACAUUAAUCAUUCGAGUUGUAAUGCGUUGUUACCAUACUGCAGUGAAAGCGUAGACGUCGUUUAUGUUAAAAAAAAAGGAAACUGAAUCGGGUGUCAGACGACAAUAAAUUUUAUUGCUGUUAUUUGAUUAAAAGAAAACUUAUUGAUUUCUUUCUGUACAUCAACCGAAAUCGAAGCAAAAGCAAAAGGCUAUACAGCCUGACAGAGGCUUUUGCUCCGAGAUGAGACCGUUCGCUAAAAUUAAAAUAAGAGGUUUAACGUCCCGAAAGUGAAC